AAUAAUGUUGGUAUGUGACAGAAAUGUUUUAAGAUAUAUAUUUUUUUAAAUAGCAUUAGAUUAUGUAAAUUAAAUGAGGUUGGAAGUUUCAAAUAUGAGGUCAUCUAAUGGCUAUAAAUAAUGAUGAUUGAGGGAGUGUGAGAAUCAUUAUUGAGAAAGGAGAUCGAGAUGGCAUCAUCCAACUCUCUCAUCUUGCUCCUUUCUUCUUGUUCUCUCUUCUUUGUUUUGGCUGUUGCAAGAAAAGAAUUUGCUUUGGAGGCCAGCGAACAAGAAGCACACCAUUUUCAUACCCUUCAACUAAGUUCUUUUUUACCGUCCUCUGUUUGUAACCCCUCCGCUAUAGGUGGCAAGAAAAGUGGAUCACUUGAAGUAGUUCACAAACAUGGACCAUGUUCAAAGUUCACUAAAGACACGGUUAAACCUUUGACCGUCGAAGAAAUCUUCACCCAUGAUCAGUCAAGAGUUGACUCAAUCAGGGCUAAGUUAGCCACCAACCCAUUAAACAAAGACACACUCGGCUCCAAGACCACUCUCCCCGCAAAGUCCGGUAGCACCAUUGGAUCCGGUAACUACAUUGUGACCGUUGGAUUAGGCACCCCUAAAAAAGACCUUUCACUCAUUUUUGACACCGGGAGUGACUUAACAUGGACUCAAUGUCAACCAUGUGCACGGUCAUGUUAUAGUCAACAAGAACCCAUAUUUGCACCCUCCAUGUCAACCACAUACACCAACAUUUCAUGCUCAUCAAACUACUGCUCUGACCUCAUGUCCGCCACCGGUAACACACCCGGUUGCAGCUCGUCUACAUGCGUAUACGGUAUCCAAUACGGCGAUCAAUCGUUCUCGGUCGGAUUCUUUGGAAAAGAGAAACUUACACUAACUUCAAAAGAUGUAGUUGAUGGUUUCUUUUUUGGGUGUGGUCAAAACAACCAAGGACUCUUUGGUGGGGCUGCCGGGUUGAUAGGGUUAGGUCGCGAUAAACUAUCGAUUGUGUCGCAAACCGCAAACAAAUAUGGGAAGGUUUUCGCGUAUUGUCUCCCGUCGAGGACAAGCUCGACGGGAUACUUAACAUUUGGAAGUGGAGGAGUUGGUAGUAAUGUUAAGUAUACUCCACUCUCGACCUCGCAAAACUCGUUCUACGGUCUUGAUCUAUUAGGCAUGUCCGUUGGUGGAACCAAACUACCAAUAAGUUCAACUGUGUUUCAAACAUCUGGUAUGAUCAUUGAUUCGGGGACGGUCAUUACACGACUCCCUCCUACUGCGUACUCGGCUCUAAGCAAGACGUUUAGAGCGCAAAUGACCAAGUACCCGUUAACGAAAGCGUUGUCUAUACUUGAUACAUGCUAUGAUCUAAGUAAUUUUACCACAAUUACAAUACCAAAAAUAACAAUGUUUUGGGGUGGGAAUACAAAUGUGGAUAUUGCACCACAAGGGACACUUUAUGCAAAUGGUGUUCAACAAGUGUGCUUAGCUUUUGCUCCAAAUGGGGAUGAUUCUGACAUUGGUAUAUUUGGGAAUGUUCAACAGAAGUCAAUAGCAGUUGUUUAUGAUGUGACUGGAGGAAAAGUAGGGUUUGCUCCAGGAGGGUGUGCUUGAAUUAACACAAGUAAAGAAAUGGGUUAAAGACUCAAUAUAGUACAAAAAAAAAUUGUUGGAAUAAGGUGUAGAUGUGGGUGGUCUUGAUUACCUAUGUUUGAUAUUGGGAUUUAUGAAACUAAAUGUAAAUUGAUUGCUUUUGAAUCAAGGUAUAUUUGAAAGUUGUAAAACUUGUUCAUAUUGAAAGAAUGUAAACCCUGAAAAUGUAUUGUUAUAGUAACUUGUUGAUUUGUAACUA